UCCGGGGCGGCGGCGGCGCAGCGGCCGCAGCGCGCGCCACGUUACCGGGCGGGGCGGGGCCCGGGGCGCGCGCGCGGGUUGGCGGCGGUGCUGACGCGGCAGCGGCCGGGCCGGACCGGACCGGGCCGAGCGCGGACAUGGUGGCCAAGCAGCGCAUCCGCAUGGCCAACGAGAAGCACAGCAAGAACAUCACCCAGCGAGGCAACGUCGCCAAGACCUCGAGAACGGCCCCGGAGGAGAAGGCGUCGGUCGGGCCCUGGCUGUUGGCUCUCUUCAUUUUCGUGGUCUGCGGAUCAGCCAUCUUCCAGAUCAUCCAGAGCAUCCGGAUGGGCAUGUGAGGGGCCGGGGUGGGCCAUGCCCGCCGGCCCCGGCCGCCGCGGCUGCUGCCGAGGAGCGGCACCGGCCGUCUCGCAUUCCAGGUCCCUUCACGAGUCAUUCCGAGUUUUCUAGCCCGUGCCACAGUGCCUUGAACAGCACCACAUGUAUAAAGCAAUAAAAGUCUGUUGUUGAUCUACAAUCGUGGACCUACUUAUUCGCUGAAGAUCCGGCCUGCUCUCUGUAAUACGUGGAGCUGUAACGCGACGUAGGUCCGUAGGAACUGGCAUCUCUUGUAAGCACCGCUCCCCGACCGGCGUCACCCUCCUGUACAGCUGGGAAUGGCUGCAUCUGACGCUGGAAGCCAGCAUUCCUGUAGAGGCUGGAGCCCGCCUGUGCAGCAUGUGGCAGUGCCCGCGCCGCCUCUGCCUUUGUCCUGAUCCACGCCAAACGCUUGUCUGUGCCGGGGGCGUGCGGAGCUGCUCCGGCGGGAGCCGUGCUGCAGCUCCGCGGCUCUCCUGGCCGUGCCCGCGCUGUAAAUACUUCUUGGACGACUUUCAACCAGUGGUGAUUGGUUUUAAAUUUGACAAUGUUGUGUGGGAAUAUUGGGUGCGGGGUGGGGGGGGACGCGCCGCCUCCCUGCCCACAGUUCUGCUUCUGUAUGUGCAGCCCCUGCAGAGUGUGGUGUGUCUUGCAAUAUAUAUUUAAUCCUAUUUAAAGUAAAACCUGCCUUCAACUCGAUUUCUUUUAACGAUGGAUUCAGUACUUAACUGCUUCCCUACUGGUGAUCACAGUUCCUUCUUCUGUAGACGACCGUACCUUGAGAUCACGUGGAAAAUGCUGCUAUUGAUCAUAUUUCCCUGCUGAUGGCCCUGGCUCCUGGCUCUGCUGUCUGCGUGCUGACAAAGGUGGUGGGAAUUGCUCUGCUGGUGCACACAGUUGCUAAAGGAAGAUUUCUUUUCUCCGGGUUUCUUAGAAGACAAAUUUUAAGUCUGGUUACAUUAGAAAUAAAACAAAAUGAAAUGGGUUGAGGUUAAUGCAUUGCCUGUUAGCUGUGAAGGAGCAGAUCUUCUGUACAUGUUGUAUUUCCAUAUGGAAUCCCUGGGACUGGUGUGAGCUGGGGCUGCCCAGGGCACGGGGACCUUGUGCUGGGACACUGUGCUGUGGCAGGGGAAGCCUGUAUCAUCGCUGAUUUUAAAUAAAGGUCUUUUCAAAUGCAA